CGUUUCGCUUCAGUAAACAAACAUCGUCUGUUGACUUGGUCGGGAAAACACACGAAUGAUGGAGCGCGGAGAAUCUACUUUUAUUUUGUCGGGUGUGUGAGGAUUGAAUUUCGUUCGUGGAAUUUUGGGACGUACAAAUGGUUUGUGUUUUAUCUCUGGAAUUAAAAUGCCGGGAAUCGUUGUAUUCAAACGAAGAUGGUCGGCUGGGUCAGACGAUUUCGUUCUGCCAGCAUUGACGUUGAUGAUACUGCAUGGGAUAUGGCUAACCAUCCUGUCCAUAACGAUGGGCGUCACGGCCACGGACUACGGGGAUACGUGUUUCAUUGCCAGAGUGUCUCUGUGGUCCUUCGACCUUGGAUAUGUGGUCUCCCUGGCAGUGGGGCUAAUUUUAGAAACGGUCCUUUUCUGGGUCAGCCUAAGAGGAACCAUCUUGGAGACAGCGCCCAGAGUUAGCGUGCAGUACAUAUUGUACAUCAGGCUCGCUGUCCUCCUGUUUGAACUGUCAUGGCAGAUAGUGGGUGUGGUCUGGCUGGCCAAUCACUACCUCAGUUGUCCUGCAGAGGUCCAGAAGAAAGUCACACUGGCAAUGAACAUCUGUAACUGGUUGAUACUGCUGGUGAUAGGAAUCAUGGUCUGGUGUACUUACGACCACGCCGGGGGUAAGUGGGUCAAGAUGAAGCGAUUCCAAGAAAGUCUGAAAGAGAGGCAGAAACGCAACAAGCGACCCAGUGGCCGGCGGAACUGGAGACAGAGCAAUGCAGGAAUUCUAGAGAUAAUCUUGCCUUUGUUUUUAUGGGUACCCUCUCCUCCAAGAAGGAGUAGUCUCCUUCGAUUGUUUUCAGCCUAUCUCAAUACCCACAGGAAAACAAUACGAGCGUACGAGGAGAGCUGGGAUCGGAGGUUUAACAUUCUAUGCUGCUGUGUUGAGCGGAAAAACAACAACAGGAAUACCAUUGCUGAGAUUGCGAAGCUGUUUACGGAAUUUUUCCGGGAUUUAGAUGUUGUACCUUCUGACGUCAUAGCCGGGUUUGUCCUACUGAGGCAUUACCAGAGUCUGCGCAUGAGGCACGUGGUUUCUCAGGAAAACAAUGACGUAUACGAGUACCUGUCGGGGACCCCUAUCACGCCAGAGACCUCCUUUCUACAGCUCAGUCAGCCCGACGUAUUAGCGGAGUACCGCAAGGUGAUCCAUUACAUGCGCCUCGCUUUAGCGGCAUAUGGAUGGCCCGCGGUUGUUAUGAUGAAAACUGAUGCUAAAUGCUGCGGAAUUCUUCCAAAGCUAAGAUGUUGCUGUUGCAUUAACAAGCCGCUAUCGGAGUAUGUUCAAGAUAACUGUUGCCAGUGCAACUUUGUUGCUCUGCUCAAACUAAGUCAACUCAGGGAAUGUGACAUCGUGUAUGCAACAUAUCAUGUGGAUAUUGGAGAAACGCCAUUCUAUGUUGCCAUUGAUCACAAAUACAAGAAAGUUGUUAUCUGUGUUCGUGGGACAACCUCCUUACAGGACGUGCUAACAGAUCUUAAAGCUGAUGCUGAAAUCCUUCCGUUGAAUCCACCCAUAGAAACGUGGGUCGGUCAUAAGGGAAUGGUCCAGGCAGCAGUGUAUAUAAGAGAUAAGCUAAAGGAAGAUGGCUUGUUAACAAAUGCCUUUGCAAAGGACGGGGUGGACGAGACCUAUGAUCUAGUAUCCGUUGGACAUUCUCUGGGGGCGGGAACGGCAGCCAUAUUGGCCAUCCUCCUUCGCCAGGAGUUCCCAAACCUUCAUUGCUACGCAUUCUCCCCUCCAGGCGGACUUUUAAGUGAGGCUUGUGUACAAGAAACAAAGUCUUUCAUCACGUCCAUUGUUGUUGGGAAAGACGUAGUGCCACGAAUUGGUCUCUCUCAAUUAGAAGUACUUAGAGCUGAUUUAAUCAACGUCAUCAAAAACAGCAAGGAGCCGAAGUGGAAAAUAAUUGCUCGAGGAGUGUGUUGUGGAAAUGCAGAGGCCAGGAAGAUGAACCUAGACGAGGUGAGGGUGGAGAUGGAACGGGAUAUCCGGGCCCAUCCCUCGGACGACGACAUUGCCCUCUCUGCCCACACUCCACUCUAUCCGCCAGGGAAAAUAAUACAUAUCGUCAGAAGCCACCCCUCCGGAAAAAGGAAAUCACUCGGUUGCUGCCAGAGUCGUCAGCCAGUAUAUCAGGCGAUUUGGGCCAAUAACAGCGCCUUUGAUGAAGUGCUUGUAUCACCCUCCAUGAUAAAUGACCAUAUGCCGGAUUAUGUUCUUGAAGCCUUAGAAAAGGUUUUGGUAAAUGUUGCUCCACCAAAGCCUGAAAGAGUAUUGUCAGAAGAAGAGAGACAGGCGUUUCUAGACGAACGUUCUCCUUCUGGAGAUACAUUAAAAGGAGGGACAUUAAGACAGGAAGAUGUGAACAUUGAAGUGGAAACCCUCCCUAGAUACCUGUACGAAAAGACAGAAGAAGAAAAUGACAUAUCUAUAGGCCCAGAUGGGCAACUAGUUUUGAAUAGUUCAAAGAAAAAACCCAAGUUGAUUCUGGAUCUAAAAAGCAAAGACCCGGUAGAAGCUCCUCUGGCUAGCCCUGAUACGAUUUCGGAAAGGUCUAGUGUCUUGAACUCUAUAAGUCAAAUGAGUGAUCUUGACAAGUGUCGAGACAACUGUAGGUUAUCCCUACAAAGUCCACCAACAUUAGAAACAAUUGAACAGUCUCCUGAAUUAAAGAAACAGAGCCUAGAUGAGGAUAUUCGAAACUCUGCAGAGCUUCCGUUAAAGUGUAAUGGGAAUGUUGUGAAAACGCGUGCCGUUGUUGAAUGGAAUCCUCCUCUAAUCAAAACUAAUUCAGAGGUGGAAUGUCCAGCGGUGGUUGUAGUUGUACCAAACGAUGAAGAAAAAGAGAGUGCGGCUCUGCUUACUGUUAGAUAUCCUGAACGACAUUCACCAGAAGAUACGUUACAAGCGGAAUACGAAGAUCCCAAUUAUUACUAUACAGCUGCAGACAUUGGUUAUCCACAUGGUGUUGGGGCGUACCAUCCCCCGUUAGAAGAAGUCUUACACAGCAACGAGUCCAUACCAGAAUCAUUAACUGUUCACGAGGAGUUUGACCCAAUGCAAAAAACAAUUCAUCGGAUUCAGUCUACAUGCCAGUAUAAAGAUCCCUGUACUAAGUCAGAGGAAACGUUAAAAACAUCACAAUCAGAAUCUCAUAUACAAACACUUUCUGACAAAUUCGUCAUGAAACGGUCUCAAGAGCAAGGGGACAUAGCACAUUUACAAGAUUCUGCGAAAGUUUACCAUUCAUCAAACAUGCUCCCCAUUCGAGAGUCGCUCGAUUCCUUGGGGGAGGAUGAAGUCACUUGUCCAGUACGCUCUAAUUCGGCUGAAAUUUUAAGUGCAUUAACAUCCCCCUCCUCUGAUUCCGAGAAGCCCUUGUCCUCUGUGCAGUCAGAUGAUGUUUUUGAUCUGCCACUGGAGGAAAGUGAUGUUUGAUGCAGUAUUUCAUGAGUUUUUACACAAGUUCGAAAGUAUCUUAAAUCAUCAAACACUGAUUUUUUUUAAAACUAGGUUUUUUUUAAAUUUGUUUUUAAAACUGCAUUCUCUGUCAGUUAAGCAGCAGGUACUGCUUUUAAAAGCCAACUACAGAUAUGAAUAUUGUGACUACUAGCUUUAAACACAUUAAUUUUCCCCCAAAAAAACAUCUUUAUAGAAAUUUAAUCCGUUGAUAUUUCACUUCAGAAAUUUUUAAUUAUAACAUAGCUAUACUCCCUUAUACAAUUGUGAAUAAAAGGCAGUCAAUGAGUUCGUACUUAACAAACUAUGAUGCCCGUUUUCACGGACAGCUAUGAUAUAUUUCCUUAUUUAAAAGGUCCCAAUCCACUGUUAGAUUGCAUGAAAACUUAAAACCUUUUGAUUAAGUUUUAUGUAAUGAAUAAAAAUAUGCGUCCAAGCUUUUGAUUUUUUUUUUGGUUUUAGAAACUGAUACUUGAAAAAUUAAUUGGUUAAUGUAUGCAUGUUUUUUAAGUAGAUUUUAGUUCAUUCAAUGCAUUACAUAUGAAUUUUGUAUCUGACAUUAAAAUUCACACCUCUGCUGUAAAAAAUCAUAAAAAUAAGUAUGUAGCGAUUUCAGUCUGUUACUUGGUAAAUUACAUAAAACGAUUAAUGUAGUGAUGUCGGUCAAGAGGAAAUGACAUGUAUACUUGUAUUGGUUAUAUUAUGAAAAGUUGUUUUUCUGUAUUAAUCCGUUCAUAUCAUUGGUACUUAAAGACGUUUUAUCAGAUGUUCAUUUCGUUUUACCUUAAAAUAUUUGUACUUAAUGUUAAUUUAUACGAAUUAUAUUAUGGUGCCAUUGGAGUUAUUUAGUGCAAUCCUAUGUU